AUGUCAGACAUCAACCUCCAGGAGGUGCACGACUACUUGGUCGACGUCGCGAAGCAAGCAGGCAAAGUCAUCACUGCUGCGCGUCCAUCGACGACAGCGGCGGGUGAGAAGAAGAAUUCAGUUGAUCUGGUCACAGAGACUGAUCAGGCCACUGAACGUCUCAUCACCAGCCUGAUUCACGAAAGAUAUCCCAGUUUUGACAUCUCCCUGGGACUCGCCAUUGACCGAAAGCCCGUUGUUGGUGUCGUGUACAAUCCUUUCACCCAGACCCUGUUUUCUGCCGUCAAAGGGAAAGGCUCUUUCCUGUCUGAUCCCUUCCAUGAUCAUGUACAGCUGCCCCUGAAAGAGCCAGAGGCACUUGCUCUUGACAAAGCUCUCGUAGCUGUGGAAUGGGGAAGCGAUCGAGCCGGCCACGACUACGACAUCAAAGUAAAGACUUUCCGCAACCUCUGCGCCAGUCCAGAAGAGGGCGGUGCUAUGGUGCAUGGCAUCCGCUCGUUUGGCUCGGCUGCUCUGAACCUGUGUGGCGUCGCUGCUGGUCAUCUAGAUGCCUACUGGGAAGCAGGUUGCUGGGCUUGGGAUGUAUGUGCUGGUUGGGUGAUUUUAGAAGAAGCUGGCGGUCAAGUUGUUGAUGCAAACAAGGGUAACUGGCAACCGAGAGUCGACGAAAGACGAUAUCUGGCAGUGAGAAAAGGCGAGGGUCAGAACGCGUUCAUUGAAGACCUCUGGAGUCAUGUUGCUGGAGACCUGAAAGUAGGCAUUUGA